UGGGCCGGGCCGCGCCGCGCCGCUCCGGGAGCCGGGCCCGGGGCCCCGCCGCCACCGCGCGCGGGACAGAUUGAUUGACUUUGGAGCUGUUAAGUACUGAUGUAUUAGGGUGCAGCGCUCAUUGUGCAUUGACGCACAGAGUCCCAAAAUGAAUGUCCAGGAGCAGGGUUUCCCCUUGGACCUUGGAGCAAGUUUCACCGAGGAUGCUCCCCGACCCCCAGUGCCUGGUGAGGAGGGAGAACUGGUGUCCACAGACCCAAGGCCCGCCAGCUACAGCUUCUGCUCCGGGAAAGGUGUUGGCAUUAAAGGUGAGACUUCGACCGCCACUCCGAGGCGUUCGGAUCUGGACCUGGGCUAUGAGCCUGAGGGCAGUGCCUCCCCCACCCCACCGUACUUGAAGUGGGCUGAGUCACUGCACUCCCUGCUGGAUGAUCAAGAUGGGAUAAGCCUGUUCAGGACUUUCCUGAAGCAGGAGGGCUGUGCUGACUUGCUGGACUUCUGGUUUGCCUGCACUGGCUUCAGGAAGCUGGAGCCCUGUGACUCGAACGAGGAGAAGAGGCUGAAGCUGGCCAGAGCCAUCUACCGAAAGUACAUCCUCGAUAACAACGGCAUCGUGUCCCGGCAGACCAAGCCGGCCACCAAGAGCUUCAUCAAGGGCUGCAUCAUGAAGCAGCUGAUCGAUCCUGCCAUGUUUGACCAGGCCCAGACAGAAAUCCAGGCCACUAUGGAGGAAAACACCUACCCCUCCUUCCUUAAGUCUGAUAUUUAUUUGGAAUAUACGAGGACAGGCUCGGAGAGCCCGAAGGUCUGUAGUGACCAGAGCUCUGGGUCAGGGACAGGGAAGGGCAUGUCUGGAUACCUGCCGACUUUAAACGAAGAUGAGGAAUGGAAAUGUGACCAGGACGUGGACGAGGACGAUGGCAGAGAAACUGCUCCUCCUGGAAGACUCCCUCAGAAGCUGCUCCUGGAGACAGCUGCCCCGAGGGCCUCCUCCAGUCGACGGUACAGCGAAGGCAGAGAGUUCAGGUAUGGAUCCUGGCGGGAGCCAGUCAACCCCUAUUAUGUCAAUGCCGGCUAUGCCCUGGCCCCGGCCACCAGUGCCAACGACAGCGAGCAGCAGAGCCUGUCCAGUGAUGCAGACACCCUGUCCCUCACGGACAGCAGCGUGGAUGGGAUCCCCCCAUACAGGAUCCGUAAGCAGCACCGCAGGGAGAUGCAGGAGAGCGUGCAGGUCAACGGGCGCGUGCCCCUACCUCACAUUCCCCGCACGUACCGGGUGCCGAAGGAGGUCCGCGUGGAGCCGCAGAAGUUCGCCGAGGAGCUCAUCCACCGCCUGGAGGCCGUGCAGCGCACGCGGGAGGCCGAGGAGAAGCUGGAGGAGCGGCUGAAGCGUGUGCGCAUGGAGGAGGAAGGUGAAGACGGCGACCCAUCUUCGGGUCCCUCAGGGCCAUGUCACAAGCUGCCUCUGACCGCCACCUGGUACCACUUUCCACCCCGCUGUGUGGACGUGGGCUGUGCCGGGCUCCGGGACGCACACGAGGAGAACCCCGAGAGCAUCCUGGAUGAGCACGUGCAGCGUGUGCUGAGGACACCUGGCCGCCAAUCACCGGGGCCUGGCCACCGCUCCCCGGACAGUGGGCACGUAGCCAAGAUGCCAGUGGCGCUGGGAGGUGCAGCCUCAGGGCACGGGAAGCACGCGCCCAAGUCAGGGGCGAAGCUGGAUGUGGCCGGCUUGCACCACCACCGACACGUCCACCACCACGUCCACCACAGCACAGCCCGGCCCAAGGAGCAGGUGGAGGCUGAGGCUGCCCGCAGGGCCCAGAGCAGCUUCGCGUGGGGCCCGGAGCCGCACAUCCAUGGGGCAAAGCCCCGAGGCCACUCAGAGAGUGUGGGCGCUGCCCCCAACGCCAGCGAUGGCCUGGGCCACAGUGGGAAGGUGGGCGUGGCAUGCAAAAGAAACGCCAAGAAGGCGGAGUCGGGGAAGAACGCCAGCACUGAGGUACAAGGCGCAUCGGAGGACGCGGAGAAGAACCAGAAGAUAAUGCAGUGGAUCAUCGAGGGCGAGAAGGAGAUCAGCAGGCACCGGAGGGCCGGGCACGGGUCUUCAGGGACGAGGAAGCCACAGUCCCAUGAGAACUCCAGACCCUUGUCCCUCGAGCGUUCCGGGGCCGUGCACCCCUGGGCUGGCUCUCAGCUCCGGACCUCCGUGCAGCCCUCCCACCUCUUUAUCCAAGACCCCACGAUGCCACCCCACCCAGCUCCCAACCCCUUAACCCAGUUGGAGGAGGCGCGUCGACGUCUGGAAGAGGAAGAAAAAAGAGCCAGCCGGGCACCCUCCAAGCAGAGGUAUGUGCAGGAGGUUAUGCGGCGGGGACGCGCCUGCGUCAGGCCAGCGUGCGCGCCGGUGCUGCGCGUGGUACCAGCCGUGUCGGACAUGGAGCUCUCCGAGACAGAGGCGAGGUCGCAGCGGAAGGCAGGCAGCGGGAGCGCCCAGGCGUGCGACAGCAUCGUCGUGGCCUACUACUUCUGCGGGGAGCCCAUCCCCUACCGCACGCUGGUGAGGGGCCGCGCCAUCACCCUGGGCCAGUUCAAGGAGCUGCUGACCAAAAAGGGCAGCUACCGGACUGAGCGGCUCUCAAGGGACCCGUCCAGGGCCUUCGUCUUGUGGGCGGGGAAACAAGAUGGUCUGUCCCCUCCUGCUGGGCGCUGGAGCCUGCGGAAGCUGGGCACCUCCUGCCAGGGUUCACCCUGGGCCGCUCAGCCCUGUGGGGCCCUGCCUGAAGCCAACGCUGGAGGCUCCAUGUUAGCCCUGAUACUACUUCAAGAAAGUGAGCGACGAGUUUGAGUGUGGGGUGGUGUUUGAGGAGGUCCGGGAGGACGGGGCCGUCCUGCCCGUGUUCGAGGAGAAGGUCAUCGGCAAAGUGGAGAAGGUGGACUGACCGGCGGGCCACGACGCCAGGCUCAGCCCUCGGCGGGCACACGGGUGUCACACCAGGGGAUGACCUGUACUCAGGAGCCCUGCGGGGACAGUGCGGGCCUGUGGCCCACGCCUGCAGUCUGCCUGUUUCUGGGUGGGUGGGUGGGGUCCCUCCACCUGCUCUACAGGCUUCUGUCCUGCCCACAAGGAGGCAGCCCUGACCACUCCCCAUAGCAAUACUUGGAGGGGGCAGCCGAGGUCCCUGCUGCGGGCUUCAAGUGAUCCCCGGCGCCUCCCCUGGGCACACGUGUGCUGGGAUCUACGUUCCCUCUGGGCCUUGCCCACGUACCCUGGUCUGGCUGGGCCCAGGCCCGGGCCCAGGGGCCUGGAGGGCCUGUGUCAAUUGUACGCGCCACCGAGUGCCUUCACCGCAGCUCGUCUCUUGCCUGCCACUGUGCGAAUCGGCGACGGAGCUGUGCCUGCCGCCCGCCGCCGGCUGCGCCGUCCCGGGUCUUCCUUUCUCGGGCCCGUGUAAAUAUGUACAUUUCUCAGGCCAGGGCCAGCAGGGGCUGCCGGAGCCUGUUUUUCAUGCGAUGACACUUGGACAAUUAUCUUUUCAAAGGUACUUGGAUAAUAAUGAAAUAAAACUUUUUGAACCUGC